AUGGAUGCUGAGGUGCUGACCGACACAAUCGACCGGCACCCGCUGGUAUCGCUUGUGUCGGCAUCGUUUUGGGUUAUCCUUUGGCUUCUCACUUGGGCGAAAUCUCUUGUCGCAUUCGCUACGCUAACAAUACCGACAUGGCUAUACGCUAUCGUAUCCUACUCGAUGACCCUAACUCUCGGGUUCUGGAGCUUCGUCGCUCUAUUCAUCGCUUCGGCCAUUGCUCUCAACUACCUGAUCAGGUUCAGAUACCUCAAUGACUACAUGCAGUUGAAGGAGGCGCCUUUGGUCAAGCCGGACGUGAAUGAGCUUCAUCCCGACGUGAAUACCGACCCCCCUCCGACGUUCCACAACUAUCUAGAUGAUUUCUUGCAGGCCGUUCGGGUGUUUGGAUUCUUGGAGAAACCGGUCUUUCAUGAACUAGCAAGACAUCUGCAAACCCGCCGACUCAUUGCGGGAGAUAGUUUGUCCCUUCAUCAAGACAAGAGCUUCUAUUGUGUUGUAGAAGGAACUGUUCAGGUGUACGCUCAGACAGGCCAUGAGCCAGAAGUACCGCAAAGCCUUUGGGAUGAUGAGAACAUGAAUGGUUAUCAACUUCUCAAUGAAGUCGGGAGUGGUGGGACACUUUCAAGUCUCUUUACCAUCCUCAGCCUGUUCACGGAGGACGUCCCAAUGAGUUGGCAAGAUGAUUGUCCGCACCACACCACCAACGAUGAUGCCCCGCAUCUGGACAUGGAAGACUCCUUCGAGGGUGGCCCGGAUUUAGACAUUCCCCCUCUGGAUCUGCACGACACGCCGGGAAGGCCAAGGCGAUCCUCUGUCUCUUCGACGGCUACAGCCUCUACCGUGCAUCCUUCGGAUGCUAGGUCUGCUCGUGGGUCAUCCUCUCCUUCGGCCACCAGCACCGCUGGUUCAAGGAUGCCUUCUUUCGGUCAUGCCAUGGAUUCCAAUCAUCCUCGGUCCCCCCAGCCUCGCGGCCUAGUCGCUAGAGCUACAGUUGAUACUACUCUCGCCGUGAUCCCGGCCGAAGCAUUUAAGCGGUUGACCAAGAAAUACCCAAAGGCGACGGGCCACAUCGUUCAGGUUAUCCUUACCCGGUUCUCCCGCGUCACCUUCAACGCUGCACACAAGUAUUUGGGCUUAACCAGUGAGGUGCUCCGCACAGAGAAGGCCAUCAACGAUAUAGCAUGUCAUCCUCUGCCUGCCUCCUUCUAUGAAGGCGGCGGUCUGCAAUAUAUGCGGCAUAGAUUCGACGGCACCUCACCGGACAUUCCCUCGGACUCGGACUACUUUAAUUUCACUCAUUCGCCGAACAGUCUAUUCGCGUCUGGGAAGGAUACACCUGCUCCAUCUGGAGUGUCCCUUGGGAAGAAGUCGCACACCCCGCUCCCCGUCCGAGGCAGCUUGGUUGAUCUACCCUCUUCGAAAUCCCGACACAUGGUGCAAGCCGGAGACCUCCUCAUGCCAACUCAAACGACGUCGAAUGAUGACGGCCUCAGGCCUCUUUCGAGAACAGCCAGCGUUACCAAUACACCAAAGAUUCCUCGAUCAUCGGACGAUGUCAACCCCGGACAGCGUAUGUCGUCGACAGGAAAUCGUCGCUGGUCUGCUGAAGAUUUCGACUUGCGGGAAGAGGUCAUGUCGUGCAUCGCGAAAUCGAUUGGUUUGCUUCAACCUCCUCUCAGCGGUCCCGAUUCACCUUCGCCUUCGCCUCGGAUGUUCCCAGUGGAUUCAAGGUCGCCUUUGAUGGAUUCUUUCCAUUCACCGUUCGGGUCUCUGUCUCUACUUGACCUGCGAGACGACAUCUCAAGCAUCACCAGUACUACGGCUACUGGCGCCUCGUCCAUCAGAUCUUCAGGGAACCAUCUCACUGGCUUGGAUAAUGAAGUCGAGAUUCUCUUCUUCCCGGCAGGUUCGACUCUCGCGAAGGCGGGCGAACAGAAUACAGGCCUCUUCUACGUCAUCGAAGGCUUCUUGGAUAUCUUGCUGCCUGAAAAGGAUGGAAAGGAAAAGCCUAGGGCGAUGAAGAUUCCCACUCCGGUUGAAGAAGUUGUGGACAAUGACGAUGAACCAUGGAGGACGCCUAAUCUGAAUCAUCAGAAGAAGCCGCAACAAAAGCUCUUGUUCACGGUCAAACCUGGUGGUAUCGCUGGUUAUCUCGCUUCGCUCUGCAACACAGCAUCGUAUGUCGACAUCAAGGCCAAGACCGACACCUACGUUGGCUUCCUGUCGUCCCAGUCGUUGGAACGGAUCCUCGAAAAACGCCCUAUCGUACUGUUGACCUUGGCUAAGCGUUUGAUCUCGCUGCUCUCUCCUCUGGUCCUUCACAUUGAUGCCUCUCUGGACUGGAUGCAAGUGAACGCUGGCCAAGUACUAUGGAGGCCCAAUGACGUCAGCGACAGCUUCUACAUUGUUAUCAACGGCCGUCUGAGGGCUAUCGCUGAAGAGAAAGGAAAGGCCAAAAUCGAAGGCGAAUAUGGUCAAGGCGAUACUGUCGGCGAACUCGAUGUCAUUACGAGCAGUCCCAGAAGGAACACUGUCCAUGCCAUUCGUGAUACAGAGCUCAUUCGAAUGCCACAAACUCUCUUCAACGCCAUAUCAGCUAGGAAUCCUCAAACGACUGCUCAGUUGCUCCGCAUGAUCGCCUCCCGUGUUCGGGAUGAAGUCGAUUCGUCGUCCAUGUCACAAGGGAGAACAUCAGAACUUGGCCACAAUAACUUUAACUUGAAGACAAUCGCCAUCCUUCCGUUCGCUCGACAUGUACCUGUGACUGCAUUCGCUCGGAAACUUCAGGCAGCUCUCGAAGGUAUCGGUGCCACCACUCUCUUCUUGAAUCAAGCUACGGUCUCUACGCAUCUGGGUAAACAUGCUUUCACGCGGAUGGGCAAACUCAAGUCCGCUGGCUGGUUAGCAGACCAGGAACAGCGUUAUCACACUGUCCUUUACGUUGCGGACUCACCUGUGAACAGUUCCUGGACGCAAACUUGUAUCAGGCAGGCCGAUUGUGUUAUGGUUCUUGGUAUGGGCGAUGAUCCGUCUCUCGGAGAAUACGAGAGGCUGCUGCUCUCAAUGAAGACCACAGCCAGGAAGGAGUUAAUUCUGUUGCACCCGGAUAGGUCUGUCGUGCCUGGUUCAACCCGCGAAUGGCUCAAGAACCGCCCGUGGGUCCACCAGCAUAUCCAUGUGGAGUUACCAGGUCUUGUUCUACCCAUCUCGAAGUCACCGCCGCCCAAAGACCCCGAUGCCGUCAUUGCUCUGAAGAACCUCAAGGACAAAGUCCAGAACGAGAUUCAAAAAUAUCGCGGUGGAACAGCAGACUUACGGCCGCAGAGGCUACCUCACAUGAAUGAUUUCUCACGUCUGGCGAGAAGGAUCUGCGGAAAAUCUAUUGGCCUUGUAUUGGGUGGAGGUGGUGCUCGUGGUAUUGCCCAUCUUGGACUAAUCCGGGCACUUGAAGAAUAUGGGAUUCCUAUCGAUCAUAUUGCAGGCACCAGUAUAGGAGCUUUCAUUGGCGGCCUCUACGCACGAGAAGCGGACGUGAUCUCCUCCACUGGACGGGCCAAGCAAUUCAGCGGUAGGAUGGGGAAUAUCUGGCGGAUGUUGUCAGACGUAACCUAUCCCAUCGUGGCGUACACAACCGGCCAUGAGUUCAAUCGAUCUUUGUACAAGGCCUUCUAUGACCUCCACAUUGAGGACAUGUGGCUUCCGUAUUUCUGCAACUCCACGAACAUUAUGACUUCGCGCAUGGAAAUCCACCAAACUGGCUAUGCCUGGAGAUUCAUUCGUGCUUCCAUGACGCUCGUUGGCUUGUUGCCCCCGGUGUGUGACAAUGGAAAUCUUCUAGUGGAUGGAGGCUACCUUGACAACCUGCCGGUAUCUGCUAUGUUUUCGAUGGGCGCGAGCGCUGUUUUUGCGUGCGAUGUUGGAGCCAUCGACGAUAACUCACCAAGGAAUUACGGCGAUACGAUCUCUGGCUGGUGGCUACUCAUCAACCGAUGGAACCCUUUCUCUAGCGCACGGCACAUACCUGCCAUUACGGAAAUUCAGAGUCGACUUGCAUACGUCUCGAGUGUCACCACGCUGGAGGAAGCCAAGGUGGCUAAAGACUGUCUCUACAUCCAAAUGCCCGUCCAAGAGUACGGGACACUUCAAUUCGGCAAAUUUGAGGAACUACUCAAGAAAGGUUAUGAUGCGGCGUUGUCUAUCCUCGAUAGAUUUGAUGAGGAGGGAAGACUUCCAUCGCCGUAUGUAGAUGGAGGCCAACCCAAUCCAGGCAAAAAGAAAGGAAAGAGCGCUCGACGGAACUCCAUCUAA